AUGCUGUGUAUGUUGCCUGCCAAGUUCCACCGCAUGCUGUGGCUCAAGAGAGGCAGUUUCGUGGUGGCAGACAUGAGUUCAGCGGAGGAGGUGGAUAAGGCAGGCGGGCGAGUGAGGGGCAGCAUAACGGCUGUGCUGUUUGAUCACCACAUUAAAGAACUCGUAGCCUCCAAUCAGUGGCCAGAGGCAUUUUCUGAAGCAGCAGUCAAAGAACGAGCAGGAGCAUCAACAGCAGCCCCGCUGGAGCAAAGCCAACAGCUACUGCAAGAGCAAGGUGCAGAGCACAGCUCGCUUGGAGGGGAAGGGCAGGCUUUGUGGAGGUCCCAAGGCAGCGCAGGGGAGGGGCCAGACGAGUCAAGGCAAAGAACAAGAGGAGAUGAGCAGGAGAAGGAAGAGGGAGUGGGAGAGGAAGAGGAGGGUGAAGAUGAGGAGGACGAUGGAUUGCCUCCUUUGGAGAGGAAUCCAAAUCAUCGAGCAAUGUUUGAGGAUGUUUCAGAUGAUGAAGACAGCGAGGAGGAUGAUGAGUAA